AUGGCAAAUCCUGACCCAAUGGAUUUUGACAUAUCUGGAAAUCAACCUGAACCUGAUCGGCCUCGCGGCUACCAUGUCCCUCUGCCUCCAUGGCUCCCCUACAAGACAGAUGUUUAUGGCCAACCAAUUAACGAACACUGGACCGACGUAAACGAGGACUACACUGUGAGAUUACUCGAUGAUCGCAGCGCCUUCGAGGUGCGCGAGCUCAACGAGAACGACCCAACAGGCAUGGGCAGACGUUUCGAAGGCGACUGGCCAAAGAUAUUACACGCAAUCCUCGAAAAGUUUGGCUUGAAGAUUUUGAAUGCAGCUGGUUUUAUCAACAACAUCCAUCCUUUGGAGGAAAUGGGAAUUGGUCCAUUCGGACAGCUGCACUGUUUUACUUGGCGAAACCCGACGGUUGAUCCCAAUCAACGCACACACCCGGUUUUCAGGUUUGACAUGUGGCAUGGCAUCACGCAAGAAGACCACGACAUGCUGCGCCACUCACUGCUCCUUGCAUCAGCUGUCCUAGACGACCCAAUUGUGUUGAGCUACUUCCACGCCAUGAGGCAGCAUGUAGCCUCCAUGGAAACAGUCAUCGAUCCGGAUACAAAUCUCAUCUGCAGAAUUGUGGAUAUCCCAGCAACCCUCACACCUGACCAGCAACUUGAUACCUAUCAAGCCAUGUGCGAUAUGCGUCGCUGGACAUACUGGUCAAUAACCGGUCCAGCCAAUGACGAUCAAACUAUCUUGGGCAGUACAGAAACCCAGUUCGAUGCCAAUGGCAAAAGUACCGACGCAGCAAGACCGUGA